AUGAUUAAAUUGGAAGCACAUACAUUUCACAACAAAAAUGUAUCUCAGCCUGUGUUGAUCCAAGAGAAAUCUCCUAUUUUUAAAGUAAGGCAAAAGAGAAUUACUUUCAGGAGAGAACAGAUCAAUAAUGAUUCCAACUUCUUCAUUCAAACUGAAGAUUCCUCAGAAAUCAUCCUAAUCAAGCCUGACAAUCCAGAUUUCAUUAUCAAUGACUUCACUAAAAUUGCUAUACAAGAGGACAUCUCAGAUUUCCAAGCUUUAGAGUUCCACAACCGAGCGACAAAAUUAUUAGAAUUUUAUACUUUAAAUUAAAUAUAAGUUUAAUACACAUCUGUCCUAUUCUCGAAAAUCAAUUACGCUAUUAUACUCAAGAGAUAUGCAGCCUACGAUGAAUCCUUAAAUUUACUGUUAGAUUGUGAACAGAUUCUCAAAAUUAAAGGAAAAACCUUAAAAAAAGGCACCUUUGACGUUCUCCAAAUAGCUAGGAUGAUAUAAAAUAAGUUACUUAGAUUGAGAAUACUGUUUUAAAUCACCUUGCUAUUUUCAGAAACCAAAAGAAAUAAAUAGGCCUUAGAAUUAGCAAAAGAUGCCUUAAAAGUAUUAAGGAACAUUAUUUAAUUAACAAUUAAAUUAUGUUAACAAAUAACUCUAUUUAACAAUAUUAAUAAAAAAUAAAGAGCCAAUUCAGAGAUCAAUUCUCCAAAUUAAAAAAAUUCACUAUCACAGUCUGUUUGCUAACCAUAGUAAUAACCAUAGGCAUUGAGUUAUCCACAGAUAGUGGAAAUAGUUUUUAAGGAAAUAUUAAAUUCAAUCAGGAGUGUUAUGCCUUAUGAUGAUGAAAAGUAGAAUGAGAAUGGUAGUUAAAAUAAUCUUUUAGUACGCAAUUAUUAAAAUAGAAGUCAAUCUUUAUUUACUACAGAAUAGAUCUUUCAGACUCAAAACAACAAUUAAUAAAAUAAACUAUUCACAAUUAUUGAAGACAAUCAUCCUAUGUUGUAAAUGCAAAUAUUAGGAUUAAUGCAGUUGACAUAUGUAGAUUUAGAGGAAUUGUUUCCCAUCAAUAGUCACGACAUGGUUUUAGCCGAAGAAGUAAUCUUAGAGUUGAUGAUGCUCACUGGCUUAGGUUUCUACAGUAUUUCAACUGAAUUACGAUUCCUGAAUAAUCAACUAAAUAAAAUGAACAUUGAAAUCUGGUUAGGAAAAGCGUUGGAAAUGUUUUACACAUUUAUUCCUCAUUCAAGUUUAAUCUUCUCUCAGAUCUAUUAGGUUUAUCAAAAAUUGUAUGGAGUGGAUAAGCAAUCAAUCCCUGAAGAUGAAGAAGUAGAGUACCAUACCAAAUUGCUAAAACCUCAUGCCUUUAAUAAUAAAGCUACACUCUCGAAUAAAGUUGUAAUUAUUGUCAAAGUCCCUAUCUUAAAUAAAUAAACAAAAGAACCGCUAAAAAAACUCAAUCAACCCAAUUCAACCGUCACGAAACUCCAACAAUCUCUAACAGCGAAAAAACAUAUUCUAUUUCCAUAGAAGCAUUCUGUUACUCAAUAUGAAGCUGAAAAGAAGGUCGAAACAUAAUAGGAGGAACCUGAAAUUUCACCUAAACAACAAUAACAGCUAUUUAUAAAGAAAAAUAAAAUUCUCUAACCACAAUUUGAUAUCAAAUAAAGAGUAGACAUAUUGAUGAAUCAAAUUCUAAGUUAACAAGCUAAACUCACUUAAGAAAAGUUGAAAUAGAAACACACACCUAUUACUACUCUCAAAUAGAAGUAUCAUAUUAGCAAUAAGGUUUACGAUGAACCUAAAUUGCUGAAUCUCGCAAAUUCAUAAUAACUCAAAACUGCUAUUCCUGUCAGUAGAUCCUUGUCGAACUCUCGUAAAGCAAGUUAAACCCAUUUAAAAAGCCAGAAUAACAAUAGUGCUAAGACUGCUUAUUUGAGAUAUAGAACUCAGAUCAACACUCUCCCAGGAGAUGAGUCUUCAAAAUAAAUUGCUUAAUAGAUUUCUACUUAGGUUGUUAGUUUGAAUCGGCAAUCUAAUAAAUACUUCCUACUGAAACGGAGUGAUUCCGCAAAAAAAUCAAAAAUUCCAUUUCAAUAACAUUGA